GGUGGGCGGGGCCUCCCCUCCGAGCUUCAUUCAUAAAUCCUGAGGCCGGUGACUGAGCCGCAGCUCGGAGCGGGAGGUGACGAAUCGAGGCAAGCCAGGCAGGAGGGCAUCGGCGACCGUCGCAGGGUGUGCACGGGACCCGGUGUCAGAUCAUGAGCAAUGAGUCACCUCCAUGGGAGAAUAUAACGGAUAGCUCCACGGCUGCUCCGGCUGCACCCAGUCACGAUGGGUACGUCUUGCUCUUGGUCCUUCUGUCUAUCUUCAUCGGAGGAACACUGCUCUUACUUAUCGGGGUCCUGAUCCUUUGUAGACGCUGUUGUGAUUCACAUCUCAGGCUGUCCAGACCUAGCGAUGAUGCAGAGAAAACAAAUACUUCCUAUGUAGACGAGUCACAGCCAACACAUGAUAUCACCAUCCGAAUAGAAGAUGCAGAAUCGCUGUCCGCCUCAGGUCUUCGCGAUGCAGAGUCUGAAAAGUUUUUGUGUACCGCAUCCAGUGGUCGUCGCGUUUCAUUCAAUGAAGGAGCCUUAUGUGGGCAAGAAAAAAGAGAACGUGAACGGGGAAGAAGGUACACUUUGACUGAAGGAGAUUUUCACUAUCUGAAGAAUGCACGGCUGACUCUCCCUCCGCUUCCCUCCCUACCGCCAACUGCUUUGCACAUUCUGACCAUACAUGAAAGCGAAGGCGGGGAAAGUAGCAGCAGUGGAGGAGCAUCUGAAACACAUCACACUUCUCCCAGCAAGUCCAACAUCUCUAUAUAUCAGCCUCCUCGCAGUCCUCCUGCUCCACUAACUCGACUGUCGCUCAGUUUAACAUCUGCGCUUCCUGGAGAUGCAUACAACUCUGUGGCAGAUACAAGCUUUAUGGGAACUCCAACCCAUAGUCCUCACUCUUCAAGACAAAGCCCAGGCAAAGCUAGGUUUGACCACAGCAGUCAUCUCCCUCCGGGUGGUGCCAGCUCUGAUGUGGGUACCACCCGAAGUCAUGGUGCAGUACUCCAUUUCUUCAGCCGUCUACGGCGUCAUGCAAGCUUGGAAGGAGCAAGCCCCUACCUAAAAAUCAAGAAAUGGAAACUGGGCAGUGUGCAGAGAGCAAGCAGCUUAGACACCAGAGGUUCGCCAAAACGGCAUCAGUUCCAGCGCCAGCGAGCAGCCAGUGAAAGUGCGGAGCGUGAUGACAUUAUACAGUACAUAGCACAUACCCAAGAGUCCGCUUUUGCUUCAACUCAAGGAUCUUACAUACCACAUGGAACACCAUCACACUCUCUCGGCAGAUUAGAUCAUGGGGAAGAUGGAUCGUUGGCUGAUGUGGGAAGCACAGAACAGGGCCAUCUCCCUCCCCAGUGUGACAUUUGGAGCCUACGUGCAUCAUUAGAGCUUUGCGCCUCAGAUCAAAGUAGUAGCAACAAUGACCGGGACUCUGUUCGUAGUGAUGCAGAAAGUGUGAGCUCCCUAAGUGGACUUCCUAACCUACCCUCCCAGGAUCUGCCAGAUGUUAGGCCUGGGAAGGGAACAGAACCAGAGUCUGGAUCCCGAAAGCUCCUUCAGAUGGACAGUGGCUAUGCUUCUAUUGAAGCCCCUUGCCGGCUACCAGAAGAAUCAGCCAGCCCUCAUAGGGACAAGACUGCUUCAGAAAAGCGCCUCUUUUUCACUCAUGGUGGACGUAAAGGGACAGUAUUUGAAAGUCUGGAGGGGCGUUUAUACGAACAAGGUGCUGCAGGUGGAGAGGAAGAAACAUGGUUUCCCCAUCACACUCAAGCAAUCAGUCCACAAGAUGCUCGACGAGACUAUAGCAUUGAUGAAAAGACAGAUGCACUGUUUAAUGAGUUCCUUAGGCAUGAUCCACAGUAUGAUGAUUCUCCUGUGCGCAUAAAGCAUCGAUCACGAGCACAUUUGCGUAAACAAUGGCAGAGGACAAAACAGUACAGUGAUCCAGGCAUCCGUUUCCCCCCUGCUUUAGACAGGCACCGUGCUUCCCCAUUACGCAGAGGAGACAGCACUAGCUACCUUCCUGACACACGUUAUCACAGUACAUUACCACGUAUUGCAAGCACUACAGAUGAGGAAGGAGCAGACAGCUGUCCACUUAGCCCAGCUUCAUUAACACCUGAAGACAAAAUUCAGGCCAUUGAAGAAGAACCAUAUGAACAUGGGCCUGCUCCUGAGGAGCCCAGACCUCCAACAGAGAACCCAGAUCAAGACUAUGGUUAUGGCCCUCAAACAACAGAGCUGCUGGAUAAGAUUGGAGCAGGGCUGGAGGAAAGAUUGUAUCCAAUUGUGCAGAGGACAGCACGCAGCCCUGAGAGGCUCUGCACAGUGGCACAUAUCUCACCCGAUCACAGUCCUGUGUAGUAGCAACAUCAAGUCUCCAGCAGUUAUCUAGGACAGUUAGGUGGGAAUUAAAGACUGAGCAGAUGUGCAACCCACUGUUCCUGGAAAGCACAGUGCCAAAUAAUACCCACUGUGGCACACUGUUAUUUUACCCACUGCCACUUUAUGUGCCAUACGAAACACAUGCAUGACUGUAAAUACAUGCAACACAUACACAGCACUCCAACAUACAGCAUGGACAUACACACUGCAUUAUUCACAAUACCUGUACAAUUAUCUUCCAAGCAAUAUAAAGUUUCUUCCUGAAGGCCCUUGGCAACUUUGCGUCAGGGAAAAGGGGGGGGGGGGCAAAGUGUGGAUCCACUGGCUUUCAAUGUGGCUGCUGCUGCAGAUCUAUGGCUCCCCAUCCAAAACAGGACUUACAGGCACAAGGGAUGUUUGGGGUUGGUUGGUGCAGGGUCCAUUACCAGUGUGUGAUGUUUAUUUAUUUAAAUUAUUUAUUUAAGAAAGAUGCUUUGUUCCUGGGAGAUGGAGCCUUUGCUCUUGUAUGUCAAUGUAGCACGUGACGGGCAGGAGUUAUUUGUGCUCUCCCCAAAACUGCUCUGCAUUUUCCCUUAUUAAAAGAAGACCGCAUAUUGUAAUUGUCAGAGUCUGAGUGUACACUGUGUGUAUGUAAGAGGGGGGAGCAAGUAUACUUAUGAGAAAAAAUGCAAAUGUUUUCAUAUCAUUUUUUAACUUCAUUUUUACAUUUACAACAGACCACAUAUAUACAUGAUAUUUAACAGCUGCCAAAAAGCACUGCCCUGUCAGCGUAUGGAGAUUAAGCCAAUGCUCAGAAACCAAUCUAGUGGAAACCAAAUAAACGUUUAAUCACUAAGGAGAAAACAAACAACCUGUGAUCAUCAACACACAGCUUCUUUUCUCCUGAUGCACACACAACAGCUGGGUUUGGUUGGAGGAGCUCCUUUUCCCUUCCCACUUUGCAUUUCAUUGUGUAUGAGGGCUCAGAUAGGGCUGAUGACGGGACCUCCACCUCUUAAGUAUAUUACAUGUAGUAUACAGCCAGACAAUGAAGUGGAGCCAGAAUUAAGUUCAAGUCAUAAAGUGCAGCAGAUGCUGGACACUGCGCAAGUCCUAGAGGUCCAGAGGAGGAAGGGGGCAAAACAAUUAAAAGGGCAGUUCCCUUUACUGCAGCAAUUCGGCUGUAGCGUCUGUUGGGCAGAAUCUCGCAGAACUGAGCCUGGGAGGAGCCUGCAGGACUGGGUCACUAGGAAAGAAAAAACAAAGACUACUUUAGUGUUAUUGUUUACAAGACAUGUGUACAACAUAUUUUUAUGAAGCCACAAUAAAAAGAGAGAAUUAAAUAUU